UGAACGGGCCGUUCACGAUGAGGCCCUGGUGGGGUCUUACAGGGCCGUGCUACAGCUUGUAUAUUACGUAGGAGGGGAAGCGUACAUAAGACCUCGUAUUCAACCGGUACUGGGGAUCAGAUGAAGUCUGAAAGUACUCCGCGUGCUUGCCUUUGCCAAGCAUGUCCAUGCAUUAUUAGUAUCCGCGCGAUCGAGUAACCUGUCGCACGUUUCUCGGCGAUCAUCGAUCAUUCGCAGUGAAGAUUCAGUCAGCCUGCAAACAAGUUCUCCUCACGAGGUGCUUUCAAUUCGAUCGAGUUCAUCAAUUUAUCCGUCGUCCUGAGGAAAUCGUGACUCUCAGGAUCGUUUCGCGAGGAUCGACGGCACCUCAGGAUCCUCUGUGAUAAUUGAAACUGGAUUGACAAAAAUGAAGAUCGCCACUACAUUGUUCUACUUCGUGGUCGUCGGAUGUACGUGGCGAGAGGCGCUAAGCACAUGUGUGUUUCAAUCGGACUUCGGUUUCGUGCUAAAUUGCGCAUUUCGGAAAUCCGGGCUCUUCCGGGUCAGAAAUCUCGGAGGUGUAAAAGGUUACGUCGGUCUGGGGUUUUCCGUUGGUGACGAGUUAGGCUUUAGCCAAUCGUUGUCUAAUUUGGAAAGCACAAAAAGAAGAAGCGUGCAAACAAACAAAGUUAAUGGGCUCUUACUUAGUCCUUUAAAUACGGCAAACAGUCGUGAUGACGCACGUGCGGUAUCACUAAAUACUCGUCAAGUGCCACCCUUUAAGCCCUUACCAAUCGGAGGGGUGCGGCCAUUGGCUCAGCAACCCGAACGUCAAAAAUUAGUAGUAAAUUCAACGGCUUUUAAAGCAGUGCCAGCGAUGCCGCUGGCACAGCAGGAAGCGCUGCGCCUGCAACACCAACGAAUUCAUCAGGAAGCUAAGCUGAAGCAGCAGCAGAGGAUACAACAAGAAGCGUUGGCGCUGCAGAUAUUGAAGCAGCAACGUCUGCAACAACAGGAGGCUAUGAGGCAGCAACAAAUGCAAAAGAUACAGCAACAACAAAAGCAACAGCAGAUGCUCGCACAACGGCAGCAAAUCAUGGCGGUACAAAAUAAGAAGGAUCAACAACCGCAAAUAAUAACAGUGGCGGGAGCGAUGCCGAAGCUACCUGGUAUCGUAGCCGCAGUUUCGCCGGGUUUAGUCGAAACCGACGUCUCGGCAUUAAAGACCACAACUAAUUUGGCCUCAUCGAACGGUGCUUUGCCACCUUUCAUUGCGAUGCCGCAAUCGUCGGCAAAGCUUACAAACAGAAUCAGUAGCAGUGCUACUUUGCUGCAGGAUUCCGAUAAUGAAGUAUCGAAAGACGAUUUCAAUCAGGUAAUUAUAUUACCUUUGCCAAGCGACGAGAUGGCUGCUUCAGUGAAUGAAAUGACUUUACUCUCACUGCAGCCUGUCGGAACUGAAAGCAGCCAAUCAUUACCUCUUCAACAAAACGAAAAGCGACAGUCUCUGCCUGACAGUUUACCAUCCUUGGCUCCCAUUCAGGGAAUGGAAACUUCUUUGAAAGCACUUGCGGAGGCAAGCAAUAUCACUCUAGAAGCUUUAGAAGCGGCAAUUCUUGUGAGACAACAACAGCUUCUUAAAAAACAGCAAGGACCCACGACAGCAAGUACCAGUACUACAAUAAUGCCCACGGCAGCGUCGUCUAAAAAUAAGUACAAUUCUGGAGCUACCAAAGUAAUGAAUGCGCCACGAGAAUAUUAUCCCGUUGGAUACGACAAGAACUUCGACGAUAAUUUUGCAAGUCGCGUCGAUCUACCUGACACGAGCUUUUAUUGUGGCGAUCAGAAACAUUUCCCAGGUCUCUAUGCAGAUGAGGAUCUCGGGUGUAUGGUGUUCCACGUUUGCGCACUGACGGACGACGGUCUGAUCAUGAAGAGUUUCCUGUGUCCGGAAUCGACGCUGUUCGAUCAAACAAUUCUGAAAUGCAAUUGGUGGUUUUACGUAGACUGCAAAGCAUCAAAGGGCUUGUACGACAGCAAUAUACCUAUUAGCAAGAGUUACCAGUUGAUGAAAGCUUUGGCCUUUUUCUCGGCGUAUAAAAAUCAUGACAACAGCACAAGCAAUCCGGAAGACAGCGAAAUUAGUUCUUGAAUCAAGUAGCGAAUUUAUCAAAAAUUUAUAGAAUUGUAAUCUCGUCAAGCUCAAUAUUCUGUAUCUGGAAAUCAUCUUGUUUCCGUGAUUCUCACCUAGUUUUAAGAAUACGUUGAAACUUUUAUCUGUAUAUACAUAUAUAUAUAUAAUUUAUUUUAUUAAGAGAAGACGUAGUAUGUUUUAGAAAUAAUGUAAAUAGUACACAUCCUGGCUCUAUCGGUUGUUAAAUAAUAAUAUGUAAUAUGUUUUU